CACAUUUUCAGGGUCCCAUAAAGUGAAACCAUACAUCUGGAAACAAACUAAUACACAUUCCCGGAGGACGGUGCGUUUUAUGUUGCGGUGCAUGUGUGUUAUGUUAUGGAGUGCGCACAUGGUGAGAGGUUGCGCCAGAGUUGGUUAUAUAAACCCAACCCUCCACUUGGCCACAGCUGCCUCUUACUCUUCUUCCCCAGGUCUUUGUUCAUUCGCUCUGACUGAGCGCAAACAGUCACCAGUGUACAGCCAGGAACAAGAAGAGACACGUGCAAACAGAGAGGAGUGACUGGAUUUAUCCAAGGCGGACUCCGCACUGGACUUUAAAAAAGGUAAAACGCUCUACUGAGAGGAGGCUCACAAGCUUGAGAGGAGUAUAGCAACUGACCUGAGUGCAUCCGGACAGGUUGAGGUGGAUGAGAUUGUGGCAGCCCUUCCCUGUGGUCAGCUCUUCUUACAGAAAGAACAAUCCCUGCGGGGCUCAGGAUGCGAGCGAACUCCUCACUCCCCUUAGCCUUCCUGCUCCUCCUCCUGCUCCCCUCCGCCGAAAUGAAAAGACCGGGGAAGGGUAGAGGCCUCAGAGGAGCAAGACACAAACUUACACGGGACAGGGUAAGGGGUGCUGGGCGUCACAGCAGAUCAGGCCCCUCCAGGCUUGCGGCACCACACUGCUCAGAGUUGACAGAAUCUCGAGACGUCUUUGUAGACUGUCAGGAUCGGCGCCUCACCUCUAUUCCCACCUCGCAGACCUGGUCCAAACAACCAAAGCACCUCCUUCUAGCCCGCAACCGGAUCAAAGUCCUUCGUGAAGGGGCCUUCUUUGGAUAUGAGAGUUUAACUAGUCUGGACCUGCAGCAGAACCAGAUCUCUUUAGUGGAGGAAGGGGCCUUCCAGGGUCUGACACGCCUUACAACGCUGCUGCUGCAGCAUAACCACCUGGGAACACUUAGCGAGGAGGCCCUCAUCCCCAUGCCAAACCUUGGCUACCUACGCCUAUAUGAUAAUCCCUGGAGCUGUCUCUGCCCGAUGGACAGCCUCAUACGAACCCUUCAGGUCCCGAGCAACCGUAAUCUAGGAAAUCAUGCCAGGUGCGCAGAGCCCAUCAGGCUAAAAGGCAUUAAGUUGAAGAAAGUGGACCCAGAGUUACUCUGCAAGGAGACAGGUCCAACUGACGACCCACAGGGCGACCAGACAGAUUCCACAUACCCUGUAGAGCCCAUUCCAAUUCGCACUAAACCAGACGCCACCACAUCUUGCCAUACCUACCUCUUCCCCCAAAUACGGAUGGACUGCAGUAACCGAGGUUUAUCUGAGGUGCCCACAGGUAUUCCAGAGGAUGUUGUUCAUAUUGAUCUGUCCCAUAAUUCAAUCAGCCAUCUCAGAGCCAGAGAUUUCCAAGGAGCGAGGAGCCUCAGAACCCUAAACUUCAGCAGUAACAACAUGGAGCACAUUGACAAGGGUUCCCUGUCUGGGCUCCUGCACCUUCGUGAGCUGGACCUGUCCGACAACAGCCUGCAUUUUGUCCAGUACGGGGUUCUUGAAGACCUUUACUUCCUGUCGCAGCUAAAACUAGGAGAAAACCCCUGGGUGUGUGACUAUAGCAUCCACUACAUGGUGUACUGGCUGCAUCUCCACCCAGGGGUGAGGCACUCUGGCCUGCGGUGUCGCUCCCCUCCUGAACAUACUGGGGAGAGUGUGGAGGAGUAUGUGCACUCCUACAACAGAGAGUGUCCAAAGGACAGACAGCACAGCAGAACAGAUCAAGACGAAACAGACCCUGAAUUAUGGAACACACCAAUGGAAGUGCAGGGGGAGCUGGAGGAGGAGCUAGAGCCGAGUCACUUGAGAGCACCCCAGAAAUACCAGAUCAUCAGGCUGACCUGACUCAAGCGAACAUUUGACCUAAAAUCUGACUUUAAAAAGCUUCUUUGUUUUCCUUUCUUUCAAUAUUAUAAGACAGUCUGUAUCAGAUGGAGAAACUACAUUUUUCAGUGUUGCUUUUAUAUUUUGUCAUUUUUAUCAAAAUACAUGAUUUCUUGAC